AUGUCUUCUCUCUACAGCGUCUGGGAUAUCUGUGACGACCUCAUCCUCCGCAAGGUCAACUCGUCUGAUGCCAGCGUGUUCGCUAAGCGGUAUGGCGGUUCGUCGCAAUGCUGGGGUGUCAUUUGGUCGCUUGUGUCGUUGGUGUUUAUGAGCUUCGAACAGCAAGAGAAGGAUAGUCAAGACUUUAUUCCUACGGUACGGAUGAUGAUGAGGGUGUGA